CCUGUGUAAACGUGUGUGUGUGUUGUGUGCAUGUUUCAUAUUUAAUUUAUACAAUACAUGAUACGCGGAGUUGCGCGGAGUUCUCGCACCCUCACGAGCGGUAAUCCUUUCUAUCUCACGAUAGCUGCACGAGUUACCGUUUUAAUAUAAUAAAGGCUAAUAAUGCCGCUGCAAGUUCACGACGUUCAGCAAAAUGUCGUGGAGCCAAUGCAGGUUGAUGCUCCUACAGAGGAUAAUGAUAAUGCUGAGGAAGAACCGUAUAUAGUAGAAAAUCCGACACUGGACUUAGAAGUAUAUGCCAACAGCUAUACUGGACUCGCAAAACUGCACAGGCUCAUCUAUAUCGCCGACCAUUGUCCGUCGUUGCGAAUAGAAGCGCUGAAGAUGGCAAUCACCUACGUUAUGACUACGUACAACGUAGGACUAUACAUGAUGCUGCACAAAAAGCUAGUAGAGGCGAUGGGUUAUACUCCAGGUUUACCUGACAUAGCGGCGCAAUCAACCUCCCAGGAUGUGCCAACGAUGGAUCAGACGUGGGUGGAAACACGAUCUAAGAAGGCCGCUCUCAAGCUGGAAAAGUUCGACACCGAUCUGAAGAAUUACAAGAGCAACUCCAUCAAAGAGAGCAUACGAAGAGGCCAUGACGACUUGGGCGAUCACUACCUGAACUGUGGCGAUCUCGUUCACGCCUUGAAAUGUUACUCCCGGGCGCGGGAUUACUGCACCAGCGGCAAGCACGUUGUGAACAUGUGUCUGAAUGUGAUCAAGGUUUCCGUUUACCUGCAAAACUGGUCACACGUACUUAGUUAUGUCACCAAGGCGGAAAGUACGCCGGACUUUCCAGAGUUGCAUGGCAAGGACAACAAUCAGGCGAUAGUCACCAAGUUAAAAGUGGCGGCGGGCCUAGCGGAACUGGCGACGAGAAAGUAUAAGAUGGCUGCGAAGCAUUUCUUACAGGCUUCUCUGGAUCACUGCGACUGCCCAGAGUUGCUGUCCCCUGGAAAUGUGGCUCUCUAUGGCGGGCUCUGCGCUCUGGCUACCUUUGACAGACACGAGUUGCAGAAACAAGUUAUAUUUAGUAGUUCCUUCAAAUUGUUUUUAGAAUUAGAGCCGCAACUACGAGACAUAAUUUUCAAAUUUUACGAAUCGAAAUACGCGUCCUGUUUGAAGCUGCUCGACGAGAUAAAAGAUAAUAUUCUCUUGGAUAUGUACAUAGCACCUCACGUAAACCUGUUGUAUACACAAAUUCGUAAUAGAGCCUUGAUACAAUACUUUAGUCCUUAUCUAAGCGCAGACAUGAGACGAAUGGCGACUGCAUUCAAUAGAACUGUAUCCGAAUUGGAGGAUGAACUCAUGCAACUUAUUCUCGAUGGUCAAAUUCAAGCUCGUAUAGAUUCACAUAAUAAGAUUUUGUAUGCAAAAGAUGUCGAUCAACGUAGUACCACCUUUGAGAAGUCUAUGAGCGUUGGAAAGGAUUAUCAGAGGCGUACUCGUAUGUUGAUUCUAAGAGCUGCGAUGUUAAAACAACAAAUUCAUGUAAAGAGUCCUCAACGCGACAGCACACAAGGAGGUGAAAUGUCAGUAGCACCUGGGAAUGGCACUUUAGCGGUAAAAAAUUGAAAUUAUGCGCGCAUUAACUUUCACACCGGAAGAAGCAAAUUUAUAUGCGUGUCUCUCUCUUUCAACUGCCACGUUCACCUCUAGGUAUGAGAUAAGAUUUCACUAUCACAUUUGACAUUGUGUUAUUUCUGCAAAGUCAAUGACCCGUACCUCAUUUUCCACGUAUAAUAUAUGGCAUGUAUAUAUAUAAAUAUAUAUAAAUAUAUAUUAUCGCUAUCGUUGCGUUGUUUAAAAAAAAACGAAGUGACUUUAUCUCCAGUGUAAUGGUACUAGAAUCGUAAAAGAAGAAAGUGUGUAACAUAGACUAACUUUCCGAUUAAUUAACAUACGUAAUGUGGUCUCUUUUGCAACAAAAUUAUACUGAGAAACUGUAAAUCUUAAGUUCCUCUGUAUACAAGCGAUGUGAAUAAAACCUAAGACUUUAACAUACUCUACUGGGUUUUAAAAUAAUUAUAAAUAAAUUUACUUGCAUUUU